AUGGCCGAGAAUGCCGUGGAAAUGCGACCCGUGCCACAGGAGUUGAAGCGUGGCAAGAGGAAUCUGCUGCUGGGAGUUGUGUCAGUCUUUGCACUGAUGAACACCAUGAGCGGCACUUUCGUGCAGGUGUUCUUUUCAGAGAACUACGGAGUUGGCUGCGUUGUCGCGAUUGUGGGGAAUGCCAUUGCUCCUCUGGGCUUGAAACUGAUGAAGCGCCUGGGGGGCUCUCUGAGCCCCAAGCUGUCCUUGCUGGCCAGCACAGGUGCAAUGCUUUUUGGCCUGGGCAUGGCUUUAUUCAUUGAUUCGUUGCUGGUGAUGAUUUGGGGCUUCACUACCACUACGGCCUCUGUCACCUGCUGUUUGCAAUACAUCCAGGACAUGUUUUCAAUGCUGAAGGCUUCAGACGGGGAGAAGGCACAGUGGACCGCACAGCGCACGAUUUUUCCAGUUGUUGGAGCACUUGCAGGUUUUCUUCUCGGGCCUUGCUUCUUCAACAACCUGUGGCAAUCGCAGGCUGCUGGGUUGUUUGUGAUGACCCUCAUGCUGCCCUUGCUGCUGCAGUUGCCGAAUCCCGCAUCUACCUAUCAGGCUCCUUCUGCCUGGAGCUUCAAGGAUUUGAAAUCUCCCAACAUGAGACUGUGCUUUGCAUGUCUGCUCCUACAGGUCACGCGCAACAUUUGUCGCGAGACACUUUGGGGCCCUUCGAUCACAAAUCGUGGUCUUGACCCAACCUUUGGCUUUCCACUGGAUAUCUGGUGCUGGGCCCAGCUGAACUUUCUGGCUGUUUUCGGAGGUGUAGUUGGAACAGUGAUGUCCCAGAGUUUGCAAGCUCAACCGACAAAUCGUUUCUUCAUCGUGAUGCUGGCCUUCCUGUGCUGGCCCCUGUUUGUCAUGGAGAUUCGGUGUGAAAGCUUUAAAUCACUGAUGAUGUCAACUUUUUGUGCUGCCACCCUGAGACAUCUCUCAACACCUUUGAUGUGGAAACUGUUCGAUGGAAUCAUCUCCAGCGAGGAGAUUGGACUAUUGGUGCAGGCUUCCGCCUACUUCGAAAUCGUCCUAGGCUUCGUGGUGCCAAUCACUAGUGGCAUUUUGGGCUUUUAUGGCUUUGGCAACAUUUUCCUCACAGCGAUUUGCUGUCUUUUGCUCCUCAUGCUGGCGUUGAUGGUGACCUGGUGGUUCAUCGUGGUUCAUCCCGUGCCACAGGAGGUCCAGAUUCAUGGGGAGGUCAACCUGAAGAAACAUGUGCAGCGCCUGGUGGCCGCCAGCAAGUACCGUGACGUGCCCAAAACGCAGAGGUCCUAUGCUGUGCGAGUGACAGGCCCUGGAAAAGUUGCUGGCAAGUACGAGAGGAUGGGUGCACACGCUGGCAUGCCGCUCUACCAAGGUGAGCAAGGACAGAAGAUCCUCUAUGACCCAGGCAGUGGAAGAUGGAGAAUGGUCCUGUCGGACGAGGACUGUCCUUUUACGGCAGCAGUACAGCCUGGCGUCGAGGAACCUCCACGAGGCGGCUGGGAAGCACCCGAGGAGUCCUGGGGAUUAUUGCCUGUGGAGAUUUUCAAAGCUGCUGUUUCUUCCGUGCGCCCUGUGCCAAACUGCUCACGCGGACAUAGUUUGAAGCCUGACAAGCGCACGGGACAUUCCUGUGACCUCUGUGGAAAGUCUGGCACGGACUAUCGAUGCCCAGAAGGGACAUGUGACUAUGACCUUUGCGCUUCAUGCUAUGCUCAAUCGCUGGAAAGCGCAGAAACGGAAGCAAAGGGCAUAACCGAGGAACAGCUGUCAGAGUUGCUCUCCAAGCUCCAAGGGCAGGACCCGGUCACUGGGGCGUCGGUCGUCUUCCGGCGCAGAGACAAAGCCGACUUGGGCACGGAAUGGCCCAAGAUUGCUCCCAGACUUGGCCACGCACAGGAGCUGUGGCUCGAAGGCCUGGAGAAGCUGAAAGCAAAGCUCCAGGAGGAUGCCGGCUUCAGUAUGGGACGGGUGCUGGAAACCAAUCACCCGUACGAUGCCAAACGCUUCAGCUGGCGAAAGGAAGUGAAUCUCAACGGUGCCGAUGCUCUGGAGGUGUUCUUUCAUUCAAGGAGUUCCACUUUGGACCAAAAGGCGCGCUUCAAGAUCUUCAGCGGUGGCCUUCGGCGAAUGUGUGCCGGGAAGUUCAGCCGUGUGGAAGUGGCCGUGCCAGGCAGCAGCGACAAGGUCUGGGGCACUGUGCUGGAGCGGGACGAAGCUGCAGGGAAGUGGAUUGUGCACUUGGACACUGAAGUUCGGCCAUCGCAGUCUGAGGAAACAUCAUGGCCUGCAGUUGGGGAAGAGCUGGAGGCCAAGAGCAACGGCCUUUGGCAUCGUGCGACAGUUGCAGAGAUAGGUGAGGAUGGCACCUAUUUGGUGGACUGGUUUGAUCGGGAUGAAAAGGAUCGGAAGAAGACAAAAAAGGAGCUACGGAAACCAGUGGAAAGACCUUUCGACCAUCGCAGUUUGGAAGAUAUUCCUCGCUUUUCAACUUUCCAGGGCAAGUUGUGCAAAGCCAUUUGCCUCGAGCAACCUGUGACGAAGCACGUGAGAUUUGCAGCUGGCACAACGGAGGUUGAUGAGCAAGGAGUCGGUCGCAUGGUGGGUGAUGAAAUCGCAGAGUUUGCUCUUGACCUAUCCUCGCCCUUGGCCCCCUUGAGCAUCGCCUCCUUCGCUGGGCCGGGACCUGCCCAGGAGGGAGGUGUUGGAGUUGGUUGGUACCUCGAUCUUUGUGCUACUUUGGGCGGUCCCUCGAAAGCUCAGCUCUCGAAAGUCUUUGAUUGCCUUGGUGGAGGUGAAUCCAAGAUCUCAGAUCAGGCUGCCAUCAUUCAGGCCUGUUUUCAGAAUCUUGAGGAGGUGCAGCAAAGGUUGAAUAGCGACGUGCGGAAGAUGCGCGACAUCACCCUCGUGUUCACCAACAGUUGCUCAUCCAACAAGGUAAACUUGCUACCAGACGCUCAUGUCAAGCCACUUGGUCAGCAGUUCUAG